UCCUCCCUGGGAAUCCCCCGACAGCGUGCUCACUUUGUAUCCACAAAUAUUUUGAUUUUUCCUCGACGGUGUCAUCGUUCCCACACUUUACAUUCUGAGUCAUCUUCCAGUGGCAGUGUUUUCGUUCACUUGAAGUGGAUCGAAGAGAAAUAUGGGAGAACCAGACAUGGAUUUGCCCGACUCGUUCAGCGAGUUGUGGGCAAGUGUCUGCACCACGAAUGAUGUGAAUGAUCUACCCUCCGCACAACCCUCCUGCUACAGGACUGAAAAUACGAUGCCUARUAGUGCGUGGCUGGAGUCCGAAUUGAGCACGUAUGAUCUGCUGUUAAACCCCAACGGGAGGCCGUCUGACGUGGCUAACCCCCCGUCCUCCACAGUCCCUGAAACCUCAGACUACCCGGGAGAUUAUGGCUUCGAGCUCCAUUUUCAAAAGACCGGCAUGGCGAAGUCGGUGACGUCGACUUUUUCUGAGGUGUUGAAGAAGCUGUAUUGUCAGCUCGAAAAAAAUACGCCCAUCGGAGUUCUGGUCAGCGCCGAGCCGCCUCACGGCACCAUCCUCAGGGCCACUGCGGUGUAUAAGAAAGCAGAGUAUGURGCAGAGGUGGUUAAGAGAUGCCCCCACCAUCAAACAAAGGACUCCUCAGAGAAUCGCAGCCAUCUGAUCCGGGUGGAGGGCAGUCAGCUGGCCCAGUACUUUGAGGAUCCGAACACUAAGAGGCAGAGUGUGACUGUGCCUUAUGAGCCCCCGCAGCUGGGUGCAGAAAUGACGUCGAUACUGCUGAGCUUUAUGUGCAACAGCUCCUGCAUGGGGGGCAUGAACCGUCGACCCAUCCUCACCAUCCUGACCCUGGAGACCCCAGAGGGGUUCGUUUUGGGCCGGAGAUGCUUUGAGGUCCGCAUCUGUGCGUGUCCAGGCAGGGACCGCAAGUCUGAUGAGGAAAGUGUUGAAAAGAUGCAAAGUGGCACCAAGCAAACACAAAAGAGAAGAAGUGCCCCAGUGCCCGACACAUCCUCCACGACCACUGCUGUAAAGAAGAACAAGUCUUCAUCCAGUGGGGAGGAGGAGGACAAGGAGGUCUUCAAUCUCCAGGUUCGAGGACGUGAACGCUACGAAAUGCUGAAGAAAAUCAACUCGGCGUUCGAGCUGCAGGAUGCAGAAGGGAAAAGAAAGAAGGAAGGGAAGAGGUUCCCCAAGAAAGAAAAGAGUGACAGUGAAUAAGUGUUCGAUCGUCAUGGUGGGAUCAGACGUUAAAGUUUUCCUCUUUUUUUAUCAAUAUUAGUUUUUGUAUUUAGAAAAAUAAUGUUGCCUGUGAAACAAAACCUGCCUUGUCUGAACGACUCACUGCCAUUGUUUUUUUUACGAAGCUGAUAUCCUUUUUUUUUUCAGAAUCGAUCCGUUUGAGUGUUAAAAGCAAAAYAGAUUUGCUGUAAUUGAUUUUCUUUAAGGAUCAUCACUUGAGUUUAUUUUUAUACCUUUUUUGCAUUAUGUAGCCUGAUAGAAAUCAUAAUUUAGUUUAUCUCUUUAUAAAGUAGAAGAGGGGCUGGCUGGAUCACCCCUCAUUAGAAAUUGUU